AUGGAUCUUACAAUCAAGCAUACUUUUCUCAUAAUUCUCAUAAUCUCCCCUGUUAUAAUCCACUCCAAAGGUUCGUGCCCGAAUUCAAGCUGUGGAAGCAGUUUCUUCCCAAUAAAGUACCCUUUCAAGCUAGAAACGGACGAGCCACCAAUGAACUGUCACAAAUCCAUCAAUCUGAGAUGUGAUGAUGAUGGCCGCACCGUGAUAAAUCUCCCUCAUUUUGGUGAUUUUUAUGUCACUGAUAUCAACUACAAUCUCAGAAUAAUAGCUCUGACAUAUGCAAAAAACUGCCUUCCAAGAAUGCUCAUGACAAAUUUUUCUGUGUCUCCUCUAGCUGCCUUCUCUGUUGAGAAUUACACUUUUUUCAUGUGUGACGAAAAUCGUUUUACACGUCGGUAUGAGAUCAGAUGCCUGAGCAACUCCACUAAAGCAACUGUGGCGAUGACUAGAGAUUCAAGUGGACAUUUUGAAGGGCUAGGAUGCCGGCCAAUAGUUAGCUCGAUGAUCCCUGUCCUGUUGUCAGAUGAAGACAAUGAUUGGCAGAAUCUUGAUCAUCUUGAACUAACAUGGAAUCUUCCUAGCUGCCAACAUCAUUGUGAACUGCUUUAUGGUCAAGACAAACAAGAUGAAACCAAGAGCAGAUGGGUCAAAUUGAUCACAGGAUCAUCUGUCUUCAUUCCUUUAGCUGUUAUACUCACAACAUUCUUCAGCAUAGCUUGCAUCAUUCGCCUUCUGAAGCUCAUAGCCGGUGGCGGCACCACUACCACAGUGGCCCGAAACAUCCCAGAAGGUUCCACCGCUACCACCGUAGCACCACCACCGCCAGGCGGGCCCGCCAGCGCCGAGCCCUCCAAAGUGGAAAGUUUCUCACAAGUGAUGGUUCUUGAUGAAGGGAAUCAAGAUACAGCAUUGAUGUGUUGCUCAAUAUGCCUUGAAGAAUACCAUGGCAAAGAUAGGGUGAGAAGUUUGGGUCAAUGUGGACACCUUUUUCAUGCUGAAUGCAUAGAUCAAUGGCUACUGAAAAGCAAUAGUUGCCCAAUCUGCAGAACUCCCCUUUCUGUUCUCUAA